AUGAAGGCCGCUACUUCAAAUUCAUCAAGCAUGGGUGUAGUUACAAGGAGUAUGGCUAAGAAACUGCAGACAUCCUCCGAGACUAGCUCGACGCCCCAAGUCAUCGAAGAAGGCUCGUCACCUCUCGUCAACAUAGGUGGAGGCGUGGAAGGAUCUAGAGGAGAAGCUUCAUCAUCCACGUCCCUUUCAGCAUCAAACUACUCUGAAGCGGCUCCCGUCAUGACAACACAUGCUACGACCAUGGAGGAGCAGAUGGCGAUCUUGACCAAGGCCAUUGAAGGGUUAACAAAGCACAUUCAAGAACAAGACUCCCAAAUCGCGAUGUUGCGGGGCAAGGUUGACGAUAGUCACGACAUGGGAAAACAAGGCGAAAAUCAUACCGAAGCUGAAACUUCUGCAAGGCGACAUCCAAUCGAAAGGGAGAAGAGCCCGGCUGAAGAAUUCCAGAUUUCGUCAGAGGGGUUGGUUCCUAUAGACCAAUUGAAGGAGUUCAUCAUGGGGACUAUCAAAGACAAAUUCAAUGAGGGUUCAAAAUCGUCGUCAACAUAUACCAAGCCAUACACUCUAAGAGUAGACGACUUGAAGAUGCCAAUUGGUUACCAACCCCCGAAAUUUCAGCAAUUUGAUGGCAAGGGUAACCCGAAACAACAUGUGGCACAUUUUGUUGAAACUUGUAACAACGCCGGGACUUUCGGAGACUAUCUCGUGAAACAAUUCGUUCGAUCAUUGAAGGGGAAUGCUUUUGAUUGGUAUACGGACCUAGAGCCAAACUCAAUUGACAGUUGGAGUCAAAUGGAGCAAGAAUUUUUGAAUCGCUUCUACAGCACCCGAAGAACAGUGAGCAUGAUCGAGCUCACAAACUCUCGCCAAUGGAAAGAAGAGGCCGUCAUUGACUAUAUUAACCGUUGGAGGAAUUUAAGCCUGAAUUGCAAGGACCGAUUGUCAGAGGCUUCAGCUAUCGAGAUGUGCAUCCAAGGAAUGCAAUGGGGACUCCGAUACAUCCUGCAAGGGAUUCAACCUAAGAGUUUUGAAGAGUUGGCCACUAGAGCGCACGACAUGGAGUUGAGCAUUAUGGCUAGUGGAGUUGAGGGACCACCAGUUCAAGAGCCUCGACAGUUGAAAGAAAAACAGGACUUUCGGAAGGGGGGUAGAGUUUUCUCUAAAACCUCAGGCAAAGAAUCUUUGGCAGUGAAUGCGACCCCUAUCAAAUUUCAAGGAAAAGUGAACGGAAACAAUGAGGAAAAACAAGAUUUUUCCCAAGAAAGAAGAAGACUUACUCUAAAAGAAAUGCAGGCAAGGGAAUAUCCAUUCCUCGACACUGAUGUGGCUGGAAUAUUUGACGAUUUGCUAGGUUUAAAACUUAUCGAGUUGCCUGAAAUGAAGCGCCCCGAAGAAGCUAACAAGACCGAUGACCCAAAAUACUGCAAGUAUCAUCGGUUGGUCGGACACCCAAUUCAUGAUUGCUUCGUAUUCAAAGAUAAAGUUAUGCAGCUAGCUCGCCAAGGGAAGAUAUCACUUGAAGAGAUCAGCGCCACUACAAAUUUUAUCGUCAGCACUUUUGAGUCCCUUGACAUGACAACAACGAACGUACACGGAGGAGAUGAUGAUUGUAUCAACAUCUCAUGCAACGCGAUAAGUGAAAAGGAGACCGCUGCUAGUGGAACGACUCCGUCUCCAAAUGAAGUUUGUACCGUGAUUGGUAAAUGCAUGUCAACGAUGACUUUCGCUGAUGAAGAUUUACUUCUUGGUUCCAAACCACACAAUAGGCCAUUGUUUGUUGCCGGCUACGCUCGUGAGCAGAAGGUGAAUAGGAUUUUAAUCGAUGGAGGUUCUGCAGUCAAUAUUUUGCCGUUGCAGACUUUAAAGGAAUUGGGAAUCUCCACGGAGGAGCUCAAAACUAGUCGCUUGAUGAUCCAAGGAUUUAAUCAAGAAGGACAAAGGGCCAUUGGUAUCAUAAGGAUAGAGUUGUUACUGAAUGAUAUGUUGUCCACCGCACUAUUCCAUGUCAUUGAUGCAAGAACCUCAUAUCGCAUGCUUCUCGGACGACCUUGGAUACAUGAGAAUAGUGUGGUUCCUUCUUCUUGGCACCAAUGUUUCAAGUAUUGUCGAGACGGAGUAGUUAAAACAAUACUCACCGAUGAUAAACCGUUCACCGAGGCAGAAGCCCACUUUGCCGAUGCUAAGUACUAUCUUGAUGAUGAAAAGACGGUAAAGGCGAAAGAGAUUCUACCAGUUGAAGAACCAAAGCGAAGAAAUAAUCAAGACAAUGCUCAUUUAGCGUGUGAGGCUUUAAAAUAUUUGAUGUUUCCCCUAACACCAAUUGACGAGAAGCGAUCAACUUCUCAACCACCUAAAAGAUCCGUUCAUCCCACAGAAGGAACCCAAGAGGAAUGCAAAGAAUUCUCCGAGUCCCAAAUGACAAAAUGUUUUGGCCCAAAUGCUUAUAAACUCUUAGUGAAAGCUGGUUUCAACCCACGUGAAGAUUCUACGCUUGGAAGACUUCCUGCCGAAGUUGUUGGCGAAAAGAUGCAUGGCCUCAAUACUACUCAGAUAAUGUUGAAAGAAAAGGGACAUGCUAUUCAAAGUCCUAGAGUUGGUCUUGGAUUUGUUCCACAAAAGCCAAUUCGUAUUGCUAUCAAUAGAGCCACCAGUAAUUACAUAAUCGAAGAUGAAUUCUCAUCAACAGACGAUUUUCUUGAAAGUAAAACAAAAGUGAGAAGGACAUCCGUCUUUGAUAGGCUUACACCAUCUGUCUUCGACAGACUUGCGCCAUCCGUCUUUGAUAGGCUUGGACCACUUAGAAAGUGGGGGCAUAACAGAAAGAACAAGCAAGAUGUGGGUGUCUCUAAUACUAAAAUCACCAAAACACGAAGGAUUCGAAGUUCAAUUCCAUCUCGCAUGAAACGGCGUACUUAUUUGACCAUAUCAUGUGGUGAAGAGUUGAAGGCUAAAAUGCGAACUGUCGUCUUUACAAAAAUCCAAGACGACGAGGAAGAUGACAGAGAAAGUGUGGCAUCAUCGUAUCAUAUCACUUUAAGUGAAAUAGACGUGAUUAAGGAGGAAGACGCUGAAAUUGCUCCACCCGAGCUUGAAGAAGGAGUCAAAGCCACCAUCGAUGAGUUAAAGGAAAUUAAUUUAGGAGAUGCGGAGAAUCCUCGACCAAUCUACAUUAGCGCUUUACUGGCUGUCAACGAAGAGGAGACUUAUAUUGAAUUGUUGCACGAGUUCAAGGAUGUGUUUGCAUGGUCUUAUAAAGAAAUGCCCGGAUUGGACCCAAAAGUGGCAAUACAUCAUCUCUCCGUGAAGAAAGGAGCUCGCCCUGUAAAGCAAGGCCAACGUAGAUUUAGACCUGAAUUAGUCCCUGCAAUUGAGGCUGAAGUGAAUAAACUUAUUGAUGUUGGUUUCAUUCGAGAAGUCAAGUACCCAACAUGGAUUUCAAGUAUUGUCCCUGUCAGAAAGAAGAAUGGACAAAUUCGUGUAUGUGUUGACUUUAGAGAUUUGAACGAAGCAUGCCCUAAGGACGACUUUCCAAUGCCAAUAGCCGAACUAAUGAUUGAUGCUACUACGGGCCACGAAGCAUUAUCAUUUAUGGAUGGGUCAUCAGGAUACAAUCAAAUACGAAUGGCGCCGAGAGACGAAGAAUUAACAGCCUUUCGCACUCCUAAGGGCAUCUAUUGCUAUAAAGUGAUGCCAUUUGGCUUGAAAAAUGCCGGUGCUACAUACCAAAGAGCCAUGCAGAAGAUAUUUGAUGACAUGCUCCAUAAAGAUGUUGAAUGUUAUGUGGAUGACUUGGUAGUUAAAUCCAAAAGAAGGGAAGAUCAUCUCCAAAAUUUGAGAAAAGUCUUCGAGCGCUUGAGAAGGUACCAAUUGAAGAUGAAUCCAUUGAAAUGUGCAUUUGGUGUUACUUCGGGGAAGUUUCUUGGAUUCGUAGUUCGUCACCGAGGCAUAGAAAUCGAACAAGCCAAGAUUGAUGCAAUUUUAAAGAUUCGCGAGCCUAGGAACAUUCAUGAGCUCAAAAGUUUGCAAGGAAAGUUGGCAUACCUAAGAAGGUUCAUUUCAAACUUAGUCGGUCGAUGUCAACCAUUCAGCCGACUCAUGAAGAAAAAUGUUCCCUUUGAAUGGGAUGAAGCUUGCACUAGUGCAUUUGAAAGCAUAAAAUCGUAUUUAACGAAGCCCCCUGUGUUGAUCGCACCAGUGCCCGGAUGA